UGCAACGAACCGGUAUUCUGGACUACAGAUUAGCUGUUAUAUUUCACCAUACAGACUCCAGCGCGCUCAAUGUCGCCGCCUGGCCGCGACGCGAGAUAUACGAAUCAGGCAGCGCGUUCCCGGACACUCAAAACGAGGCUGCGUCUCGAUCAGGGCGCGCGGACCGCAUUCCUCCUCAUUCAUGCCGUGCUGAGACUUCACACAAGGAAAGUGCACGCGGAGCUUUACACACUGCUGCAGAGAAAAUGUACUCAAGUUUGAGAUUUUACGCAUGGCGAGGAUAACGAACCAAGGCAUCAAGAGCACAAGGCUAGCGGCCAUGGCGCUGCAGAUGAUGGUGUAGAUGACAGCUCCGUGCCGAGAGAGAGCAGAGAGGACACUGGGUCAAUAAGUCGCUCUCCUCACUGUAGACUGACAGACGCUGUCCAGGUUUUUUUCAGGCCCAGGAUCACUAAGGUGAACGGAUUACCUGGCAUAACGCUUCCUCAGAAAAAUACAAAAAAUGCUGCCCUAUGGGAGGAGGCCCCUUCCCACCUCUCUUCAUGAGGCAUUCCUCCUCCUCUUCUUCCUCUCUUUCCUCCCUCAACAUGGAGGGGUCGAGGUUAACCUCUCUUCCUUCCGGACCUUUACCCCACCAGAGGGAGGGCUUACGCAUUUGGUCGUCCAUAACAAAACGGGUGAAGUCUACGUUGGUGCUGUCAAUUGGAUCUACAAGCUCUCCAGCAACCUGACCAAGCUUCGAAGCCAUGUUACCGGUCCUGUGGUGGAUAAUGAGAAAUGUUACCCACCACCUGGUGUUCAGUCUUGCCCCCAUGAGUUAUCACAGACUAGCAAUGUCAACAAGUUGUUGCUUCUGGACUCAGGGCAGAACAGGCUCAUUGCAUGUGGGAGCACCUCGCAGGGUAUAUGCCAGUUCCUCCGACUGGAUGACCUCUUCAAACUGGGUGAGCCGCAUCACCGCAAGGAACACUACCUUUCAAGUGUGUCUGAGGCGGGCACUAUGUCAGGAGUGGUUAUUAGUGGAGCCCAAGGUGAAGACAGUGGUAAAUUGUUUGUAGGUACACCCAUCGAAGGGAAAUCAGAGUACUUUCCAACUCUCUCCAGUCGCAAGCUGAUGGCUAAUGAGGAGAAUGCUGAAAUGUUCAGUUUUGUCUACCAGGAUGAGUUUGUCUCCUCACAGCUCAAGAUUCCAUCCGACACCCUUUCCAAGUUCCCUACCUUUGACAUCUACUAUGUCUAUGGCUUUAGCAGCGAACAGUUCAUCUACUACCUAACUCUCCAGCUGGACACCCAGCUCACCUCGCCGGAUGCCAGUGGUGAACAAUUCUUCACCUCCAAGAUUGUCCGCCUCUGUGUGGAUGACCCCAAGUUCUACUCCUACGUGGAGUUUCCUAUUGGCUGUACCAAGGAUGGUGUGGAAUACCGAUUGGUUCAAGACGCUUACCUCAGUCGGCCCGGUGCUAAGCUGGCACGAUCAUUGGGUAUCUCUGAACAGGAAGAGGUGCUGUUUACUGUUUUUGCUCAGGGCCAAAAGAACCGAGCCAAGCCACCUAAAGAAUCAGCCCUGUGCCUGUUCACACUGCGAAAAAUCAAGGAAAAGAUUAAGGAGAGGAUCCAAUCCUGCUACCGGGGUGAAGGAAAACUAUCCCUGCCCUGGCUGCUCAACAAGGAACUGAACUGCAUCAACUCACCUCUGCAGAUAGAUGACAACUUUUGUGGCCAGGACUUCAACCAGCCUCUAGGGGGCACCACUACGAUUGAAGGGUUUCCUUUAUUCCUGGACAAAGACGAUGGGAUGACGUCAGUGGCGGCAUAUGAUUAUCGCGGGCACACUGUAGCCUUUACUGGCACCCGUGGCGGCAGGAUGAAAAAGAUUUUGGUGAACUCCAUUACCCAGCCUGCACUGCUGUAUGAGAAUGUGGUGGUGAGCGAAGGGAACCCAAUUUUAAGGGACAUGCUGUUCAGCCCUGACCAUCAAUACAUCUACACCCUCACAGAUGAAGAGGUGAGACGGGUGCCGGUGGAGAGCUGCGAGCAGUACAGCAGCUGCAGCGAGUGUCUGGCUUCUGGUGAUCCCCACUGUGGCUGGUGUGUCCUGCACAGUGUAUGUUCUCGUAAGGACCGCUGUGAGCGAGCCGAUGAGCCCCAGCGCUUCGCCUCCAGACUGGAGCAGUGCGUCCGACUCAUGGUGCAGCCCAACAAUAUUUCAGUCACCAUGUCUGAAGUUCAGCUGGUUCUUCAGGCUCAGAACGUCCCCAGUCUGGCUGCGGGCAUCAACUGCUCAUUUGAGGACUACACUGAGACGGAGGGACACAUCAUGGGUGGACGUAUAUACUGCCUGUCCCCCUCCGCACGGGAGAUCGCUCCCAUCACGCGCAACCAGGGUGACAAGCGGGUGGUGAAGCUCUACCUGAAAUCCAGGGAGACGGGGAAGAAGUUUGCCAGUGUGGAUUUUGUCUUCUACAACUGCAGUGUCCAUCAAUCGUGUCUUUCCUGUGUGAAUGGCUCCUUUCCAUGCCACUGGUGCAAAUACCGACACAUGUGCACCCACAAUGCCAACGACUGCUCCUUCCAGGAGGGCCGCGUCAACAUGUCUGAGGAUUGUCCUCAGAUCUUGCCGUCCACUCAGAUCUACAUCCCUGUUGGUGUCAUGAAGCCCAUCACCUUGUUGGCCCGUAAUCUUCCACAGCCUCAGUCUGGACAGAGGAACUACGAGUGUAUCUUCUAUAUUCAGGGAAAAGAGUACAGUGUCACUGCGCUGCGCUUCAACAGCACUAGCAUACAGUGUCAGAAGACCUUGUAUGACUAUGAAGGAAAUGACAUCAGCGACCUGCCGGUAGACCUCUCGGUUGUGUGGAAUGGAGAUUUCGUCAUUGACAACCCCUACAAUAUCCAAGCGCACCUGUACAAGUGUUACGCCAUGCGGGACAGCUGUGGGAUGUGUUUGAAAGCAGAUCCUCGGUUCGACUGUGGCUGGUGCGUGCAGGAGAAGAAGUGUUCGCUGAGACAGGAGUGUGCUCCUCCGGAGAGCAUCUGGAUGCACCCCAGUGCAGGAAACAGUCGCUGUGCACAUCCCAAAAUCAACAAGCUGUUUCCUGAGACUGGACCACGGCAAGGCGGAACCAGACUCACCAUCACUGGAGAGAACCUGGGUCUGCAGUUUAGGGACAUUAUGACAGGGGUUCGGCUGGGAAAAGUACCCUGUGUUCCUAUUGAAGAGGAAUACGUUAGUGCAGAAAGGAUUGUGUGUCUUCUGAAUGAUGCCACAGGAUACCGUGUGCAGGAAGCCCAGGUGGAGGUGUGUGUAAGGGACUGCCUGGCUGACUACAGAGCCCUCUCACCCAGGGCUUUCACCUUUGUGACGCCAUACUUCGGCCGUGUCCAGCCCGCUCAGGGACCUCUUUCAGGAGGAACCAGAAUCACUAUUGAAGGAAACCAUCUCAACGCUGGCAGCUCUGUGGUGGUCAACAUUGGGCGUCACUCUUGUCACUUUAAAAAGCGGAGCUCUAAAGAGAUCGUGUGCGUGACCCCGGCCGGCGCGAUUGCGGGAAGCACUCCAGUUAUGGUGGACAUAGACUCUGCUGAGCUGAGGAACCCCGAUGUGAAGUUUAACUACACCGAGGACCCCACCAUCAUGAAGAUAGACCCGGACUGGAGCAUUGCUAGUGGUGGGACUCUGCUGACGAUCAGCGGCACCAACCUGGCCACCAUUAAAGAACCCAAGAUCCGCGCCAAGUACGGCUCUGCGGAGUCCUUCCAUAACUGCACAGUUUUCAACAACUCCGUUAUGGUCUGCCUGGCCCCAUCGGUGGCUGAUUCAGAUAGAGGCUUUGCUGAGACUGGCAGUGGACCAGAUGAGAUCGGCUUCUACAUGGAUAACGUCCAGGCCCUCGUGGUCGUCAACGAGAGCUUUAGCUACUACCCAGACCCCGUCUUUGAACCCCUCAGUCCCACAGGCAUUCUGGAGCUCAAACCAACAUCUCCCCUAAUCCUGAAGGGUCGUAAUUUGAUUCCUGCCGCUCCUGGUAACUCCAGACUGAACUACACAGUGUUUAUCGGAGAGGCUCUGUGUGUUCUGACACUCUCUGAAACCCAGUUGCUAUGCGAGUGGCCCAACCUCACUGGCCAGCACAAAGUGACGAUCCGGGCAGGAGGAUUUGAAUAUUCCCCCGGCACACUGCAGAUCUACUCCGAUAGCCUUCUCACCCUGCCUGCCAUCAUCGGGAUCGGAGGAGGUGGAGGCCUCCUGCUGCUGGUCAUCAUCGCUGUGCUCAUCGCCUACAAGCGCAAGUCCCGGGAUGCAGACCGCACCCUCAAACGACUCCAGCUGCAAAUGGACAACCUGGAGUCUAGAGUCGCUCUGGAGUGCAAAGAAGCUUUUGCCGAACUCCAAACUGACAUCCAUGAACUGACCCAAGAGCUGGAUGGAGCUGGCAUCCCAUUCCUGGACUACCGAACCUAUGCCAUGAGGGUGCUUUUCCCUGGCAUUGAGGACCACCCGGUGCUCAAGGAGAUGGAGGUGCAGGCUAAUGUCGAGAAGGCCUUGACUCUGUUUGGUCAACUCCUCACCAAGAAGCACUUCCUGCUGACAUUCAUCCGCUCGCUGGAAGCUCAGCGCUCCUUCUCCAUGCGUGACCGUGGCAAUGUGGCAUCACUCAUCAUGACAGCUCUACAGGGAGAGAUGGAGUACGCUACAGGAGUCCUCAAACAGCUGCUCUCUGACCUCAUCGACAAGAACCUGGAGAGCAAGAAUCACCCUAAACUGCUGCUCAGGAGGACGGAGUCUGUUGCUGAGAAGAUGCUUACAAACUGGUUCACUUUUCUUCUGUACAAGUUCUUAAAAGAGUGUGCUGGUGAACCUCUCUUCAUGCUGUACUGUGCUAUGAAACAGCAAAUGGAAAAAGGCCCUAUAGACGCCAUCACCGGAGAGGCAAGAUACUCCCUCAGUGAGGACAAACUCAUCCGGCAACAGAUUGACUACAAGACUCUGACACUUCAUUGUGUGAACCCCGAGAACGAGAAUGGCCCGGAGGUGACGGUGAAAUGCCUGAACUGUGACACAAUUACCCAGGUGAAAGAGAAGCUUCUGGAUGCUGUGUAUAAAGGAAGCCCAUACUCACAGAGACCAAAAGCAGGAGACAUGGACCUGGAGUGGCGGCAGGGGCGACUGGCGAGGAUCAUUCUGCAGGAUGAGGAUGUCACUACUAAGAUUGAUAAUGACUGGAAACGCCUGAACACACUUGCACACUAUCAGGUAACAGAUGGGUCUGUUAUCGCCCUGGUGCCAAAGCAAAACUCUGCAUACAACAUCUCAAACUCAUCCACCUUCACCAAGUCCCUCAGCAGAUACGAGAGUAUGCUGAGGACGGCCAGCAGCCCAGACAGUCUACGGUCCAGGACGCCCAUGAUCACGCCCGAUCUAGAGAGCGGGACCAAACUCUGGCACCUCGUCAAAAACCACGACCACGCAGAUCAACGUGAGGGCGAUCGCGGGAGCAAGAUGGUGUCAGAGAUCUACCUGACGCGACUGCUGGCCACCAAGGGUACUUUACAGAAAUUCGUUGAUGAUUUGUUUGAGACGAUAUUCAGCACAGCUCACCGUGGCAGUGCCCUCCCUCUCGCCAUCAAAUACAUGUUUGACUUCCUGGACGAGCAGGCGGACAAACACCAAAUCACAGAUUCAGAUGUUCGGCAUACCUGGAAGAGCAACUGUUUGCCAUUGAGGUUCUGGGUGAACGUGAUCAAGAACCCUCAGUUUGUGUUCGACAUCCACAAGAACAGCAUCACAGAUGCGUGUCUCUCCGUUGUGGCCCAAACAUUCAUGGACUCCUGCUCUACAUCUGAACACAAGCUUGGCAAAGAUUCCCCCUCAAAUAAGCUGCUCUACGCUAAAGAUAUUCCUAACUACAAGAACUGGGUAGAAAGGUAUUACUCAGACAUUGCGCGCAUGCCCGCCAUCAGUGAUCAGGACAUGAGCGCUUAUCUCGCGGAGCAGUCCAGACUCCACCUGAGCCAGUUUAACAGCAUGAGUGCCCUCCACGAGAUCUACUCCUACAUAACCAAGUACAAAGACGAGAUCCUGUCCGCACUACAGAAGGACGAGUUAGCUCGGCGACAGAGACUGCGCAGUAAACUGGAACAGGUUAUCGAUACCAUGGCUCUGGCAAGCUGAGGACCCCCUCCCCAUCUCUCCACCCACCUCCUGACCCAUGCCCCCAUGCCUCCCCCACAGUCAUACACAUGCACGCACACAUACACACACACAAACACUAAGCUAAUGGACUGCAAGGACAGAAGCAGUACACUGGAGACCCCUCAGCCCAGGGUGGAAAUCUUUUCAUCACUUCCUUUGAACUCAACAUGCAGCAGAAUGUCUCCUCGGAUGCCACGUCCAACCAAAAGGACUUUGUUUUUUGGAUUUUUAUCAUUUUGGAGUGUGUGUUGAGCCGCGUUUGUCUGCUUUUACUCACCAAGGAUGUCUUGUAUUAUGAGCCAGAAGACCUUAAAGCCCAUGAAGGAUAAAAGCGGUGCCCCCCCCCCCACACACACACAAAUGGAAUUUUUUUUAAGCGCUUAAUUUAUCAUCUUUUUUUUUAAUUUUCUUUGGGUUGAUUGAGCAACUCACUCACUCCUGUCUCCUGCCACUUGUGUUACUGCUGAAUUUGCACAAUUUACAGGAACUACAACAAAUGAAAAUGAUAUAAAUAUAUAUAUAAAUGUGUAUAGAUAUAUAUAUACAACUGCAUUUUUAUACAAAAAGUGAAAAGAUGCGUACAAAGUUUUCCAUUUUAACAUAGAAAAGAACAAGAUGAAUUUGAUAUGUGAAACAGACUGAAUUAUGAAAAAAAAUAUCAAAAAAAUGUCCUGUGCCAUGUUUUAUUUGAAUGUUGUUUUGUGCAAAAAAAAGAUUUUCUUUAGAUAAAAUGUGCUAUGAUUUAAAUGUUGACAACCCUAGUGACUGAAGAACUGAGAGUGGGAAAAAAAUGUGCAAAAAAGAACAAACUCAGACAAAUGUGUUCCUCCUGUGGUACCUAGUGUUUUGGAGGGAAAUUGUCCUCACAAAAAACAAGAAUCAUUAUUUAGUUGGUGGAUGAAUCUGUGUACUUAGUUUGUACUUUUUUUUCAACCUUUAUUGCAAUUUGGUUUCAGUCUGAAAGCCACUUGAGGACAAUAUUCUUUGCUAUUCCACGCAAAAACUCGUUUUCAUCUCGUGUUCAUUUCUCAUAUUCAGAUGUGAGCACUCUCAGUCAUUUUUGCACAAAUCAGUCCAGAAUGAAGGAAAACUUGAGAUUGAAGAACCACCGAAUGUGUUCCGUUACUGAUGAUGUCACAAUCUGGCAUUCUGAGAAGGUUCAGUGACAUCACAGUAAAUGUAGCAAACGUUAAUUCCAUGCAGUUCCACUUUUCUUUUAGCUGCCUACAAGCUUAAAAGUGUGGCACACAGAAAGUGUUUUUAAGCUAAAUAAUUGUACGUGAAUGCUACCCAUCCAUGAAAUCUUGUAGUUAAGCUAAGUUGAUUUGAAUUAAUCUCAGAAAGGCAUUAACUGAUAGAUUCACGUUCUUAAAACACCCAUCAUAUCAGCAGUAGAUGCUUUUUUUGGAAGUAGAAUCUUUUUAUGGAGUAUUUUUUAUUUAUUUUUUGUUUAAUUUUCAUAAGCUACUUGACUUCCUUAUGCCAUUUUUAUUCGAAGUUUUUGCUCUUGUUCUUUAUCGUUCCUCUUGAUAUUCAAGUCCACUAACUCAUUUCCAUCAAGAUUGGUGAUUUGCAGUAUUACGAAUACAAAAGUGCAGUGAUUUUUAAACCGUUUCAGGACUAUCAAGCGGAUGAAGUCGAGCUCUGUUUUACUUUUCUUUGCCAUAUUGGUUGUUUUGGAUUUUUUCUUUAUCUUUUGUUGGUAACUGCGAGGAUAUUUAUUGUAGUGACUCGCUUUCAUGUGCUGCAGCAGUUCUCUUAAAGUCAGUCAUGUUCAAACAAGAGAAAGCCUCUCCUCCUUUGGCUUUCCGCUGAGAUUAAAGGAGAAGUAGUCUUUCUGAGAUGCGAUAGAAACAUCUUUGAAAGAUUUAGGUCAGAAACCCAGUGAGAGAAAGAGCGAGGCGCACCAACCGAAUAUUUGACGGGUUUUCGCUCGUGUUACCUCAGCCAUACAUCAGGGUUGAUUCCAGCUGGGAAAGUAAUAAUGAAUCACUCUUUACACAUUUAUUUAUUUUGGGAUUGCGGUUUACAUUAUUGAUUUUAUGCCAUUGCGAUUUCUGCUAAUCAACCGGGAGCAGGUCUUCCACGGUAAAGACAAUCUCCCUUUAGACUCAAGAUGUUCACCUGUAAGGAACUGCCUUCGUUUUCAGUCUUCCCACAGAUGUCUACUGAAAACGAAUUAGAUCGAUGUUGGAUUUGCUUGCUUGUGUUUAACUCUCAUAAACUCGUUCCUGUCAUUCUUAGAGCAAACUCAAGCUACGUUGAAGGAGUCAUCAAUGAAGUACUGUAGAUGGACUUUCUUGAAGUAAACACACAGGACAACACACCCCUACUGUUGGGACGUGUAUGUCUUAAUUUUAACAGUAGAAGGAUAGGGCUGGACGUUUCGCAUUGCAGGUGACUUAGACCCCUCCGUCUGGCCUUCCUUAUGUUAGUAUGUUAUUUUCAGUAGAUGAGUUUCUGCAUGCUUCGAAAUUACAAAUUGAUUUGAGAAUAUAAGCAUUGCUGUUUUUCUUUCAUUCCAAAGGCUGAUAAUGGUCAUUCUACAUAUCAUAAUGUACGGUCAAACUUUUUUUUUCUCGAUGUGCUUUGCUUUGUGCUAUGUUAGCGGGACUUUGGUGAUGGUGAUUGUAAAGCAGCUGGUUGCAUUGUAAUGUCUCAGGACAUGUUUCACUUCGAUGUUGUCUUUGCCUUUGUUUUCAUUCAAUUUUUUUUUUUUUUUUUUUUUUUUUUUUUUUUUUUUUUUGAUGAGUGCUAGCUUUUGUUUUCAAUGUUUUUUAGAUGUUGAGUUGUGGAACAUGUGGAACUCUUCAGAGAUAUUCAAACAUUUUCAAAGAUUUCGCUGUGUAAAGUAUUUGAGUGAUGCUUCUCAUUUUAUGACACUUGUUUUGAGAACUACUUUGAGUACAGGAACAAAACAAACAAAAAAAAGUUAGUAGCCGAACAAAAGGUGUUUCAGACACACAGAGCUUUCAUUUCGCACAGAGUGCCUUGUCAACUCCUCUCUCAUUCUUCUCCGCUUCCUCCGACCCUUCCAUUACCCACAAUCCAUCUCUUUCCAUACACCUCUUUAUCGCUGUCUGGCCAUGCCCUCUUUCUUCCUCUCCUCCUCAGUCCAAAAGACCAAUCCGGGUUUUGAUUUCCACUAAUGGUGUUUCCAGAUUGAAGAAAAAAAUCCUUUUUUGGAAGGAUUGAUUCAUUUAAGCGAAGGAACAAAAUGUGCGCAUGUAGAUUUCAAAAAACAAAAACUGAAGAAUUUUAAUACUUUAUUAAUUCUGAUACCUUUUAAAGAGUUUCAGACUUGAAUCAACUGUGACAGGUUGGCUGUUAAAUGCUCAUUGUGUAAAUAUUGUGCUCUUUCCUAUUUUGCAAAUUUAUUAUGUGUAAAUAAACACAUGCAUCAAGGAGAGAUUAAACAUUUUUUGCUAAAA